AUGUAUCAUCGGGCUUUUCUGUUUUUCAUCGUGAUAUUUCAUAUAUUUAAUAGUGUAUUGUCCUUUAAUUAUACUAAUUGUGACCAUGCCAAGCAACCAAAAUUCAUGAGUUCAUGUUGUGAUGUCCAAAAAAAUGACAAGACGAUUAAGACAUGCCGAAAGUUCUUAUUAAACCAAAACUCAACGUCCAAUAAUGCCGGUGCUACAAAUCUCAGAUCGGAUAAAGUAGCUCUAAACGCGUGCAUAGCGGAAUGUUCCUUUAAGGCCAAUGGAUUUUUAGCAAACAAUGGCACCGUCAAUGUUACUGCUUUACAAAAGAACUAUCAGCUGCGCUACAAAAACGAUCCUGCCACAUCCAAACUAAUGGUUAAAAGUGUGGCACAAUGUGCGAAUUAUGCUCAACAACGCGUUCAGCAAUCCGAGUGGAUGCACACAAAAGGUGAGUGCAACUUUUACCCGGCUACGUUGCUGGCCUGCAUCAUGGAACAAGUGUAUCUCAACUGUCCCUCCACCAAAUGGAAAAAUACGGACGACUGUGCAGCUAUGCGGAAAUAUUUAAUGGAUUGCGACGAUGUCGAACGCAAAAAAUAA